AUGGCAGCACCGGAGAGUGAUCGCCUUCGCUCGCCGCCGUACUCCAUUUUGACAAGCGUGGCGCCAUCAAACGAGGCGAAGCUCGACGCGCAUGGCCCCGACGCCGGCGAGCCCAGGACCACCCACCCGCAGCCGACGCUGACGGUGAGGAGCGAGGAGCCGCCGCGGCAGCAGCAGCAGGGCACGCUGGCGCGCAGCGACAGCACGGGGGAGCGGGACCGGCGGUUCGACCAGUUCAAGACCUUAGGCGGACGCCUGGAGCGGCAGCUGUCCAGCAUCCGCGGGGGGUCGCAGCACCCGCACCCGGACCCGGCCGCCGCCGGCGACGACGAGGCCAGCAGGGACUCCGAGGCGGAGACCGACGACUACGGCGGCAAGUUCCCCACCGCCGACCGGUACUUUGCGGCCCUGGAAGGGCCCGAGCUCGAGACGCUCCGGGCGACGGAGGUCCCCGUGCUGCCCGAGGAUGAGACGUGGCCGUUCCUGCUGCGGUUCCCGAUCAGCGCGUUCGGGAUGUGCAUGGGCGUGAGCAGCCAGGCGAUGCUGUAUAAGACGCUGGAGCUGGAACCUUCCACGGCGUUCCUCCGCGUGAGCCCCGGCGUGAACGACGUGCUCUGGUGGGUCUCCGUCGCGCUCAUGGCGCUCGUCUCCUUCAUCUACUCCCUCAAGGUUGUCUUCUACUUCGAGGCGGUCCGGCUCGAGUUCCACCACCCGAUCCGCGUCAACUUCUUCUUCGCCCCGUGGAUCGCCUGCCUCUUCCUCGCGAAAGGCCUGCUAGAGCCCUUGACGUCGUUGCACCACGCGGUGUGGUACCAGCUGAUGGCGCCCAUCCUGUUCCUCGACCUCAAGAUGUACGGGCAGUGGAUGUCCGGCGGCGAGUGGCGGCUGUCCCGCGUGGCGAGCCCGACCACCCACCUGGCCGUCGUGGGCAACUUCGUCGGCGCUCUUCUUCUUCGCCGUCGGGAUGUCCCCACCAACUUGCCGCUGCCGAGGGACCUCCACCCGGUGUUCUUCCUCUUCGUGGCCACGCCCAGCGUGGCGUCGGUGGCGUGGGCCAGGAUCAGCGGCGAGUUCGGCCUCGGCGCCAGGGUUGCCUACUACGUCGCGCUCUUCCUCUACGCGUCGCUGGUGGCGCGCGUCAGCUUCUUCUUCCGGGGCGUCCGCUUCUCGCUGGCGUGGUGGGCGUACACGUUCCCGGUGACCAGCGCCGCCAUCGCCACCGCGGUGUACGCGUCCGCGAUGACCAGCGCGCUCACCCAGGCGCUUGCGGUCGGGCUGUCGGCGGUCGCGUCCGUCACCGUCGCCGGCGUGCUGGCCACUACCGUGUACCGCGCGUUCGUUCGCCGGGACCUGUUCCCCAACGACAUGUCCAUCGCCAUCCGGCGGCGCCCCAAGGCCAAGUUCGGCAAGAUCCUCAAGCGCAUCCGCACCUCCAGCGCCGACCUCAAGGAGCUCGUCGUCUCCAGGCACAGCGGCGGCCGGUCGGCGGCGGAGACGAGCAGCGUCAGAGAGCCGCCCACCCCGAUGGUGUACGGCCGCGCCAGAGCAGAGCCGUAG